AUGGGAAAGAAGAAGGGCGCCAAGAAGGGCGGUGCCGACGAUUUUUGGGACGAAGCCGGCGAGUCCAUCGACAACAACAACGCCGCUCUCAAUGCUGACGACGACCAAGAUGAAGCACCCACUCACAAGGCCAAGAACCUCUUUGCAGCCAUGUCGCUCGACGACGGCGCCGACGACAACGACGAUGACGAUGACGAUGCGCCACCGCCGUCCAAGAAGGACAACAAAAAGGCCGCCAACGGCAAAGCUGCCAAGGACUCCGAACCUGCGCCAGCCCCAGCACCUGCCGCCGCUGACGACUACGACGACAGCUACGGUCUGAUGGGCGCCAUCAAGAACGCCAACAAGAAGGGCAAAAAGGACAAAAAGAAGAAGAAGAAGAACGACGACUUUGACUUUGACGAGUUCGCCGAGGACGUCAGUGGCAACGCCGUCGCUCCCGCCGAACAAGCCGACGCCGAAGAUGACCUCGCAAGCAAGGCACCAGUCCAGGGCACCAUCGACGACAUGCUCGACGACGAGUUCCCCGAGGACAAGCCAAAGAAGAAGGCCGCCGCCCAGAAGCAGACGCAGGACGAAGACGCCGCUUCCGCUGCCGCUGAUGAUGCCGAUGACGGUGCACCGCGCAUCCUCACCAAGAAGGAGAAGGAGAAGCUCAAGAAGGAGAAGGAAAAGGCAAAGAAGAAGGCCCAGGCUGCCGCCAAGAAGGCCGCCUCCUCAUCACAACCCGCCAAGCAGGACGCAGCAGACGACGAUGACGAUGCCGCCGACGCCGACGCUGCCGACACCUCCAAGGGCGACGACGCGCCUGCCGCUGCCUCCUCCGCCUCCAAGAAGAAGAAGAAGGGCAAGGCCGCCGCUUCCGAGCCGGCUCCGGCCGCUACGCCAGCACCUGCCUCCGGAAAGAAGAUCAGCCCCGCACUCGCCGCCCUUCAAGCCCGCAUCGCUGCGCAGAAGAAGGCCGAAGAGGAGGCAGAGCAGGCCAGACUCGAGGCCAUCCGUGCCGAAGAGGAGCGCGAGCGUCUCGAGCAGGAGGAGGAAGAGCGAAAGGAGGCCGCCAAACGAGCAAAGAAGGAGAAGGAGAAGGCCAAGAAGGAGCAGCUCAAGAAGGAGGGCAAGUUCCUCACCCCAAAGCAAAAGGCAGAGAAGGCGGCCGCAGAGGCCAGGAUGCAGGCCAUGAUCCAGGCCGGUCACAUCAAGGUCGAAGGUCUCGAGAAUCGCGAGGCGAGUGGCAAGCCCGCCCCUGCCAAGAAGCGCGCCGUCGUCGACAACCGCAAGAAGAAGGGUCCUCAGAAGCGUGAAGGCGGCCUCACCAUCCCCGAACCCGUCGCCGCUGACGAAAAGAAGGACGACGAAGAGGCCAAGCCCGCUCCUGCCGAGGCUCCAGCUGCAGAGAAGGCUCAGACGCCCGCUCCGGUCGAGGAGGCGGCCAAGGCCGACGAGCCUGCCGAGGAAGACGAGGAUGUCAAGGACAGCUGGGAUGCCGAAUCUGAGGAUGAGGACGUUAAGGACAGCUGGGACGCCGAGUCCGAAGACGAGAAGCCCUCCGCAUCCAAGGAGCAGGCCAAGUCGGACGCUGCCGCCGCUCCCGCCAAGACCAACGGCAAGGCUGCCGCCGACAAGGCCGAGGAGGACGACGCCGAGGACGCCGAGGACGACUCCGAGGACGAUGACUCCGACUCCGACGACGACUCGGGCAGCGACGACGACUCGGAUUCCGACUCGGACGACGGCAUGACCGCUGCGCAGCGUCAGGCCGCCGAAAAGAAGGCUCAGGCCGCCGAGCGCAGGAAGGAGCGUACCGAGCAGGCCAUGGCAGCCAGGAGCCGUGACGACCUCCGCAGCCCAAUCUGCUGUAUUCUCGGCCACGUUGACACGGGCAAGACCAAACUGCUCGACAAGAUUCGCCAGACCAACGUCCAGGAGGGCGAAGCAGGAGGUAUCACCCAGCAGAUCGGUGCCACCUACUUCCCUACCGACGUGCUCCAGUCCAAGACCGCCGUGCUCGACAAGGACUCGCCGUUCGAGUACAAGGUGCCCGGUCUGCUUGUCAUCGACACGCCAGGACACGAGUCCUUCACCAAUCUCCGAACGCGAGGUUCGUCGCUCUGCAACAUCGCCAUCCUCGUCGUCGACAUCAUGCACGGCCUCGAGCAGCAGACCAUCGAGUCCAUCCGACUGCUCAGGGACAAGAAGACGCCCUUCAUCGUCGCGCUCAACAAGAUCGACCGUCUCUACGGCUGGGACCCCACUCCCAACGGCGCCUUCCGCGACAGUCUCGAGAAGCAGCAGCGCGCCACGCGCAACGAGUUCGAGGAGCGCACCAAUCAGGUCAUUGUGCAAUUUGCCGAGCAGGGCCUCAACGCCGUGCCGUACUACGACAACAAGAACAUGGGCCGCAACGUCAGCCUGGUGCCCACAUCGGCCUUCACCGGCGAGGGUAUCCCCGACAUGCUGCGCCUCAUCAUCGAGCUCACCCAGACGCGAAUGAGCGAGAAGCUCAUGUACCUCUCCGAGCUCGAGUGCACCGUGCUCGAAGUCAAGGUCAUCGAGGGUCUCGGUACCACGAUCGACGUCGUGCUCUCCAAUGGUGUCAUGCACGAGGGCGAUCGCAUCGUCGUGUGUGGUCUCAAUGGACCGAUCGUCACACAGGUUCGAGCGCUGCUUACUCCGCAGCCGCUCAAGGAGAUGCGUGUCAAGGGCGCCUACGUGCACCACAAGAUGGUCAAGGCGGCGCUCGGUGUCAAGAUCGCAGCUCCGGAUCUCGAAAAGGCGAUCGCCGGCUCGCGCCUGCUCGUCGUCGGCCCCGAUGACGACGAGGAGGACCUCAAGGACGAGGUGAUGAGCGAUCUCAGCUCGCUCAUGAACUCCAUCGACACGUCCGGUCGCGGUGUCUGCGUGCAGGCGUCGACGCUCGGAUCGCUCGAGGCGCUGCUCGAGUUCCUGCGCGUCAGCAAGAUUCCCGUCAACGGCAUCAACAUCGGCCCCGUGUUCAAGAAGGACGUGGUGCGAUGCUCGACCAUGCUUGAAAAGGCCAAGGAGCUUGCUGUCAUCCUUGCAUUCGAUGUGCCCGUCGACAAGGAAGCCGAGAAGCUUGCCGAGGAGCUCGGAAUCAAGAUCUUCACCGCCAAGAUCAUCUACCACCUCGAGAAUGCCUUUACCAAGUACCACAACGAGGUGAUGGAGGGCAAGAAGAAGGAGGCGUCCGGAACCGCCGUGUGGCCGUGUCGUCUCAAGACCAUCGCGUGCUUUGCCAAGCGUGAUCCCAUCAUUCUUGGGUGCGACAUUAUCGACGGCUCUUUGCGCGUCGGAACGCCACUGUGUGUCGUCAAGACGGACCCGACCACGCGCAAGAAGACGGUGGUGCAUCUGGGCAAGGUGACGUCGCUCGAGAUCAACCACAAGGAGCGCGACGUGGUGCUCAAGCGAGACGUCGGCGGUGGUGUGGCGGUCAAGAUCGAACAUGCCGUGCACGAGUCCGCCAAGAUGUUCGGCAGACACUUUGAGGAGAACGACGUGAUCGUCUCGCACAUCAGCCGCGCCUCCAUCGACGCCCUCAAGGCCCACUUCUGGGACGGCAUCUCCACCGACGAGAAGAAGCUCAUCAAGAAGCUCAAGGGCGAACUCGACAUUCCGUGA